AUGCUGCCCCAAGGACAGCAAAAUGCUGUCGAUCCUCAUGGUAAGGAUUGGAUGCCCCCAGAGUUCACAAGAACGGGUUCAUAUUACCGGAGCAGAGUCAAGGAGACAGAGUAUUGGUACCUCCAAGCAUCUGAUGUUCGCCGUCAAGUCCAACAGGCACCAGCCAAAGCGAACUCCCGAGGCCGUUACCCAGUCAAAUAUGGCAAUGAACCCUAUCAAUCUCUGUCCGCCCAACAGCUAUUCACAGAAUUCCCGAUCAUGCGGAGUCCACAGAACGGCUUAGCCCCCACCAACUACGCCAAUGGUCAAAAGCCCGGGCCCAUCCGAGCCUUCUACAAUGAAGGCGAUAGAAUGGUAUUUGACGUCGGUUACCACGAUCCAGCAAGAGCCUCUGAAUGCAAACAAGUCGAAGGUCAGGAUGAGAAAACACCCUUUUCACUGGCGUAG